UAUUCCAGAUGACAAAUCUAUUUCGCGGAAUCCAUCUUCGAGAGUUGACGGCUCGAGCUUUGCGACUAGAUAACUACCAAUCGGGCCUUAGAAGCUACCGUUUGUUUGAGAUAUUGCCACACCAUGCACUGGAAGACGUGUUUCUGGGCUUCUCUGUUUGUGGUCGCUUCCUCAUAUCCUACAAACAUGACUGCAAGCAAUUCUUUCUUCGUUUCUGGCUCUUCCCUCCCACACAAUCGGACAUCCACGGGCACAAUCGUCUCGAGCUUUUUGCCGAGACCUCACUUUCCCGAGUAGUGUAUGCGACCCAAAUUCACGAUGUUCCAUCCGUGCGGUUUAUUCAAUCACAUCUCAACCCCUCCACAUUUGUCAUUCUCUCCAGUGAUGCGGAAUCAAGCAUAUCAUCAGUCCUCGGUACUCGUAACAGCAUUAACCAGUUUUAUGGCGGUGGUGUGAUCAGCGCGUUCGGUUGUAUGCCUGAUGUGGAGUGUACCGAUUGUGUCGCUGCUGGUGCUGCUCUCUGCCGCGGCUGUCAAAACACUGCUUCCUCUCCUCGAUGUCCUUUUCACACCCGACUGUUACCUAUCUACUUGGACCUACCCAACCCACUCUCUCCAAAGUCAACAGGUUAUGAUCGAUCUCGCAAACGCCGCAAACGUUCCGCCUGUCCUGCUGACCUACUUCCAGCCUGUUUCGCACCGCAGACUUCUGGGAUACCAGGUCGUCAGUGCUCCUGUUUCGCCCAAACCAAAACGCCUAUUUCCCUCAUCCAAAUUUCCGUGUGCAACAUCACUGGUAGUGUACGGAUCGCUUGGCCGAGUCCGGAUGCACAAGUGAAAGUGCUUACAUGCUCUUUUGAAUCGACAAAUCACAGAGACGGCGGCCGCUCUCAUCAGCUUCAUUUACUGCCCGAGGCCUCUUCGCUCGGCACCGGACACGCUUUGCUCACUUACAUACCUCCCCUCCUACUACACAACUACUGUUCCAAUUGCUACUCCUGGCCGUCUUCGAGACAACAUCCCUGCGACGAAACCAUCUACGACCCCUGCCACACUACACCCCAGUCACGUCCACAGUGUGUUUUUGCUCGCCCUCUACCCAUACUCACUUCCGUGCAGGAAUUGGAAGCAAAUUCAAACUACCCCUGCAAGUUUGCAGAUAACGCUACUUCUGCCACGCACCACAACUGCUUUGCCACGGAUACCAAGCUACCACCUCCAACAGGGUCUUUUCAACCCAAUGAAAACCUCUCAUUUCGAUAUCCGGCGCUUCUCUCUGGUCGACGAAAGCUCUUGUGUUGCAUUCACAUCAACUAUCUGGCAAUGUUACAAAAUGUUCGUGCUUCAUAUGUGCUUUGGACACUAGUUUCUCGCCCGCCUCAGCCCCGCCGUCGCGAGUCCUCUGUGCCGAUCGCUAUGGAAGAUGACACUUUGGAUAAUUCAUCUGCCUCAUUCUCUGAGUCGGCAUCGGAUCCGGAGCCACUGGGAUUAUCCCUCGAACCAGUGAGCAGCGAGGACUUGACAUCACCGGAAGAUCUCCUCGCGCACCGUCUUUCCGGACAAACUCACACGUCAUUCGACCUAACCGAAUGGGAAGAGGUGAAACCAUCGAACCCAGCUGCCUCUUCAACCCACAGACAACACGCUUAUGAUGGACGAACAAUCGCCUAUCUAGAGGAGGUGGUUUUCGAUCUCCCCGCGGAGUUCGUGGAUGAUGAAAAAGAUAGUUUCUUCGAAUCUAACCAGCUCGCUGUUUUUGUUCCGCCGGAAGAACAAAACCUACUUUUGGUGUACCGCCGACUGAACGAGGACAUGUCGGAGAAUGCUUACGAAUUCCUCGAUGAGAUUAAUCUGUCGACUGGCGAACGACGCCUACUUACACACUACAAAUCGUGUGAUGGGGAUCUAUCCCGUUUACGUGACUUGGUCUUAACCUGUCCGUCGCGAGUAUCCCACACUGACCGAUGCAGCAAGGGUCUGAUUCACGAACUGAACAACAUGCAGAUGACCGUCCAUUCAGAAAGCUUGAAACUCUUGACUGAUCCUCAGGGAGGCUACGCCGUUUACUUAUGAUCCGUGUUCAUCUAUUUUCAUGUUUCUGUAUUUCGUAUUUUCUUCUUCGUUGACUGCGCAUUUUGACUAUGACCGGCACCUUACUCUCCACCUUGUUAUCACUCUUCCCAGACCAGCCUCCGACUACGUGCCAGAGUGAUGUGCAUUUAUUGUCAGACCAGAUUUGGUUCGAAAGAGUUGCUCAACUUAUGGAAUUUUUG